AGACACAGAUAAUCACGCAGAAGACCAGUAAAAGAGAGGAUAAAGUGUUGCUUUCUUCCCUUUUUUUUCUUUUUUUUUUCCUUUCUUAAGAACAUUCAGAGGCAAGAAAAAAGAGGCAGGGAGUCAACAGAAGUAAAGCGCAUCUUGUCGUAGACUCCAGCCCACCCAGUGCUUUUCUCUGAGCAACAGGAUCAAGAGACGCUCUCAGUGCCCACAGCCUGAGGGAGAGAGUGGAUGCUGAACAACAUGACGGACUGCGAGGAGGCAGAGGGGGGACCCAACAGCCAGGGUGAUGGGAACCCCAAAGAGAGCAGUCCUUUCAUCAACAGCAGCGCAGCCAGCGAUGCAGAGAAGAGCCAGCAGUACGACGGCAAAAAUAUGGCUCUGUUUGAGGAAGAGAUGGAUACCAGUCCAAUGGUCUCCUCUCUGCUUAGCAGUCUGGCAAACUACUCAAACCUGCCGACCGGCAGCAAAGAGCACGAAGAGGCCGAGAAUAACGAGGAGGGGGCACGUCCGUCUAAAAAACCUGUCAAGGUUCCACAGCUAGGCACUUUGAUGGGUGUGUACCUGCCAUGUAUCCAGAACAUUUUUGGGGUGAUCCUCUUCCUGCGGAUGACCUGGAUGGUUGGGAUCGGUGGCGUAUUGGGCUCCUUCAUCAUUGUCUUCAUGUGUUGUUCCACGACCAUGCUCACAGCCAUCUCUAUGAGUGCCAUCGCAACAAACGGAGUGGUACCCGCUGGAGGCUCAUAUUACAUGAUCUCUCGCUCCCUGGGGCCUGAGUUUGGAGGAGCUGUUGGCAUCUGCUUCUACUUAGGCACCACGUUUGCAGGUGCCAUGUACAUUCUUGGCUGUAUUGAAAUCUUGCUUAUUUAUAUCGUUCCCCAGGCUGCCAUAUUUAAGAUUGAGGGCCUGGAGGGGGCCGAGGCAGAGGCGGCUCUCCUCAACAACAUGCGGGUCUAUGGCACCAUUGUACUGAGCUUUAUGGCACUGGUGGUGUUUGUCGGAGUCAAGUAUGUGAACAAGCUGGCGCUGGUCUUCCUGGCAUGCGUCAUCCUCUCCAUCCUGGCUGUUUACGCUGGGGUGAUUAAGACCGCCCUUGACCCUCCCGUGUUUCCUGUCUGUCUCCUUGGAAACCGUACUAUUCUAUCCAAAGGAUACGAUAUCUGCGCAAAGGUUAUCGAAAUAGACAACGACACCGUCACCACCAAACUGUGGAGGACCUUCUGUGAUUCUGACAGCAUCAACGCCACAUGUGACGAUUACUUCAAUACCAACAAUGUCACAGAGAUUCAGGGUAUCCCUGGGGUCACAAGCGGCAUCCUUGCAGAAAACCUGUUCGGGAACUACCUGGAAAAAGGUAUGUUCCUGGAGAAACGUGGGCUUCCCUCAGACGCAGAUCCAGACAGUCCCCCAGCGGGCUCCAACCGCUACGUCCUGGCCGACAUCACCAGCUUCUUCACCCUGCUGGUCGGGAUUUAUUUUCCAUCUGUCACAGGUAUCAUGGCCGGCUCCAACCGCUCUGGUGACCUGCGCGAUGCUCAGAAGUCCAUCCCUAUCGGCACCAUUGCUGCCAUCACCACAACCUCUAUAGUGUACAUGUCCAGUGUGGUGCUGUUUGGUGCCUGUAUAGAAGGAGUCGUUCUAAGGGACAAGUUUGGUGAAGGGGUCAAUGGAAACCUGGUCAUUGGGACUCUGGCAUGGCCGUCUCCAUGGGUCAUUGUGUUCGGCUCCUUCUUCUCCACUUGCGGAGCGGGCCUCCAGAGUCUGACUGGAGCGCCACGUCUCCUACAGGCCAUCUCUCGAGACGGCAUCAUCCCAUUCCUUAGAGUGUUUGGGCAUGGCAAAGCCAAUGGGGAGCCCACUUGGGCCCUCCUGCUCACUGCAAGCAUUUGUGAGAUUGGUAUCAUCAUUGCCUCCCUGGAUGCAGUCGCUCCCAUCCUCUCCAUGUUCUUCUUGAUGUGCUACAUGUUUGUGAAUCUUGCCUGUGCACUGCAGACUCUGCUGAGGACGCCUAACUGGAGACCGCGAUUUAAGUUCUACCACUGGGCUCUGUCUUUCUUGGGUAUGAGUCUGUGUCUGUCACUCAUGUUUAUCUGCUCCUGGUAUUACGCCAUAGUUGCCAUGGGCAUCGCCACCUGCAUCUACAAAUACAUUGAGUUCUGUGGAGCUGAGAAGGAGUGGGGUGAUGGCAUUCGGGGAAUCUCGCUCAGUGCUGCACGCUUCGCUCUCAUGAGGCUGGAGGAGGGACCGCCUCACACCAAGAACUGGAGGCCUCAGAUCAUGGUUCUGGUGAGUGUGGACGCUGAGCAGAACGUAGAGCAGCCUCGACUUCUCUCACUGACCAAUCAGCUGAAAGCGGGGAAGGGUCUUACCAUCGUCGGGACGUCGGUUCAAGGAACCUUCCUUGACAACUAUGUGGAGUCCCAGAGGGCAGAUCAGUCUCUGCGUAAAUUGAUGGAGACGGAGAAGGUGAAGGGCUUCUCUCAGGUGGUCAUCUCCUCCAACCUGAGGGAUGGGACGUCCCACCUGGUCCAGGUUGGGGGACUGGGAGGUCUGAAGCACAACACUGUGAUGGUCUGUUGGCCCAAAAACUGGAAACAGCCUGAGUACCACCAGCAUUUCAGGAACUUCAUAGAGGUGGUCAGAGAGACAACAGUUGCCAGUAUGGCUUUGUUGGUCCCAAAGAAUAUCCACAGCUACCCGUCCAAUGGAGAGCGCUUCACUGAAGGCCACAUAGACGUGUGGUGGAUAGUCCACGAUGGAGGCAUGCUGAUGCUCCUGCCCUUCCUCCUGCGCCAGCACAAGGUGUGGAGGAAAUGCAAGAUGCGCAUCUUCACUGUGGCUCAGAUGGAUGACAACAGCAUCCAGAUGAAAAAAGACCUCAUCAUCUUCCUCUAUCACCUGCGCAUCGAUGCUGAGGUGGAAGUGGUGGAGAUGCAUGACAGUGACGUUUCAGCCUACACCUAUGAGAAGACACUGGUGAUGGAACAACGCUCACAGAUCCUCAAACAGAUGCAUCUGACAAAGAAUGAGAGGGAGAGAGAGAUCCAGAGUAUUACAGAUUCUUCCCGCGGGUCCAUUCGGCGUAAAAACCAGCCCGGCUUGCGCUCACAGCAAAGCAUGGAGGAAGCCAGCGUGGCAGAGAAACCAGAAGAUGAGUCUGUGGCUGUCUCCAACCCUAAACAGGUACAGCUGAUCCACAGCAAGAAUGCAGCUUCACCCACCAGCCCCACCUCUCCUCCUGCGCCUGCAGACAAGGGACAGACAGCCAACGCAGAGGCGGGCAAAGACCUCUUCAACAUGAAGCCAGAAUGGGAGAACUUGAACCAGACAGACCUGAGGCGUAUGCAUACAGCGAUGCGGCUCAAUGAGGUCAUCACCAAGAAGUCCAAGGAGGCAAAACUUGUUCUGCUCAACAUGCCGGGACCACCCAAGAACCGCGUGGGCGAUGAAAACUACAUGGAGUUCCUCGAGGUGCUCACUGAGGGUCUCAAUCGGGUCCUCCUGGUGCGCGGCGGGGGGCGUGAGGUCAUCACCAUUUACUCCUGAAGGGCUUUCAACUGCACCCACACAGACUUUACCCUCUCCUACCUCUGUGUCGUUUCAGGAAACAAAAAAAUCCCCCCUCACCCUCCUUUUGUAUAUUUAACCUUUUAAUGGUUACGCAGAGAAUGAUGCAGCAGGCUCUGUUCUCGACUUGUCAGCUGAUUGCGACAGAUGGUUAGUUCUUUCAGAGCAAACACAUCUAAACACUUUACCUUUUUUUUAUAUGUAAGAGUAACGUUUUGUCCUUUUCACGUUGACCCUUGUCAUUUGUAAAGAGGGGUGUUAUAAGUAUUUUCUUUAAUUUAUUAUUGUUAUUUAUGUAUUUAUUCAUCUUAUCAUGUCCGUCUUUGUCCUGGUUUUUUUCUCCUUGUCUUUCAUUGUUUGUUUUUUUUGUCUUUAGUGUAAAAAGGGUGGAAGAAGAGGUUUGCCCAUUCAGUACAUUUACAUCAUCAACUGGAAAUCUAGGCAUAUAUCUCAUUUACGAAGCAAAAGUGGAAGGCUUAUAUGUAUACAGUAUAUUAUAAAUUCCCCAAAACGUAUACAGUAUAUCAUAAAUUCCCCAAAACGUAUACAGUAUAUCAUAAAUUCCCCAAAACACACAUAGAGCAACUGGAUCCACUAGGUUUACCUCUACUUUCCUUUUUUUUUAAUCUCAUUUUACUGCUCUAAGUCUAUUUAUCAUCUAUGUGAAUGAUGAUAUGUGGGAUUUGCAGUUCACGCUCCAACCAUAAACCAUGUUCUCAUUCCAGUCUCGUCUUUUAUUAUGGCAGGGAUUUAUCCAUUUGUUUGUUUGUAAAUUGUGCUUCACAGAACUAACAGAACUAAAAAGACAAUGACUCGAUGUAGAUUAUCAUGAUCCCUAACCCAAUUGUUUACUUCAUUAUCCCCACAGCUGGAUGUGGAUCAUAAAGACGCACAUACACACGUUACACAAUGUAUGUGUCUCACUGUAUUUCCCGGGAGCUCGUUUUUUUCCAUAUUUACAAUUGAUUAAAAUAUAAAACAUAAUUUAUUAUAUUUAUUUGCUCGUUUCGGUGUAUCAUUACAACAAACAUAUUUCAAGGGAAUUAUGUUACUUUUUUUUUAAAGUACAACAUUUAAUGUGAAGUUAAAUAUUUUUAAUGAAAAUCAGUAAAAGACGUCUAUCAGUAAAAUCAUAUAUCAGAAGUUUUAACAGAGAGUAUUUAUUUUUAUAUAAUUGUUAAGACAAAAGCUUUAGAUACAUUUUAUUCUAAUCAUUUCAAAUGUAAUGCCGCGUUAUCCGUUACUCCGUUAUACACUAUAAUCUAAUCCAACAGAACAUGUAUAGUUUAGAAUAAAGUAUGGAAGCAAAGCUUUUAAUAGUAUUAGUUGAUGCUUUAACUUUUUGACCCUGAACAGAUUUUAAAGAGUAUGAUCGUUUAUAUUUAAUCUUCACCUUUAAUAAAUAUUUCAACAUUGGACAAAUAAAUUCUGCAUCAACGUCUAGAAUGAGAAAUCCAUAGCAUUUAGUAUGCUCCCCAGGUUAUCAUAAGACUUGUAAGUACUCUGACUUCCUUUAGAUUAAUUAUAUAAAUAUAUCAUUUAUAACGUUGUUGGAUAUUCCUCACCUCAUGACACACGUCUUUUUCUGUAUAUGUGUACAUUUUCAUGUUUCCUUUAUUCCUCUGAAAAGUAACUAUUGUUGUUGUUGUUUUUUUGUUUGACUCUUAUAAAGGCAUCGCAGUCCUCCAGUCGAUUUAUCAGUCACUGGUCUGCAGACAUUUAGAGUUACAGUUUUAGACUGAAGUGUGCUUCUCUGUGUCUGUAUGCUGUGUGUGCGUGAACCUGACUGAGUGAAGACAGUAAAUGUCAUUGAAGAGCGAGAAGAUGAGACAUCUGUACAUAGAUUUGUGAUUUUAGGUUUAGAGACAACAAGUGUAAUCUGUGUUAAUACACUUUUUAUAGAUAUAAAAAUCAAAGGUUUGGAUUGUCCUUUAACACAUUAUUUAGUUAUUUUUGUUCUAUUAAGUCUCAUGCAAUUAUUAAUGAUGAAUGGUUCAAAGAAACCAGAUCAAAUGUUGGCGCAAUGCAAUAAAUUAAAUAAUUUUAAUACAACUGCAA